AUGUCGGACAGAUUCCGCGGGUACGACGACGAGUACGGCUACAAGAGCCGCGAUCGUGUCUCCGGAGGCAACCCAGAGUACUAUCGCAAGGAGAAGAAGUACCACGACGACGACUACCACGAAGACCGUGAGCGCCAGCGGACCAGAUACAACGAGGGCAGCGAGACCUUCGAGCGCGGCUCAACGAAGGGCAUCAAGAAGGAGUACGAGCAGCUCUGGCCGAAGUCCGGCGCCCCAAGGAGUUCAAGGACUACCUCCGAACCGAGCGGACCGGGUUCUACGACCCCCCGUCGCGCCGCGAUCGUGAAGAUCAACAACGAAGAGACGCGACUUGGGACAACCGCCACGCUGACCGGGAUCGUCGUGAGAAUCGUAUUGUGA